AUGCCCCCGGCAGAGCCACGAAAGAUAUACGGCGCGAUCUGCCCCCAUGCAGGAUACGUAUACUCUGGGCCCGUGGCGUGCCACUCGUUUCACGCCAUGUCCGGCAACAGGUACAACACGUUUGUCGUGAUAGGCCCCAACCACUGGGGGGUGGGCCGCAACAUGGCGGCUCCCGCGGACUGCCUCUGGGAGACCCCGCUGGGGGGCGUCGAGGUCGACUCGCAGGCGGCGCGCCGCCUGGCAGGAACAUCGGACGUGGAGAUCGACUUCUUCUCCCACUCUAGGGAGCACAGCAUCGAGGUCCAGAUCCCCAUGAUACAGCAGGCGUUCUCGGACUUUAGGAUACUGCCCGUUGCGAUGAUCGACCAGACUAAGGCGGCGGCCAUCGGGCUCGGCAUGGCGGUGGCCCGGAUGCACGAUGCCGGCAUGAUGGUGAUAGGCUCGUCUGACUUUACGCACUAUGAGCCGGAGGGGCGCGCCCGCGAGCAGGACAUGGCGCUGAUCGGGGCGGUGCUGGAGCUUGACGUGCACCGGUUCUAUGACAUACUGGAGGAGCGGCAGGUCAGCGCAUGCGGGUAUGGCGCAGUUGCCGCCACCAUGGUCGCGUCCCGGGAGCUGGGGGCCACCAGGGGGGAGCUGCUAAAAUACGCCACAAGCGGUGAUGUCACAGGAGACAUGGACUCUGUCGUAGGGUACGGUUCUGUGGUGUUCGUAUGA